AAGUGGGGAAGAAAAGAGAUUCUCUAGUUUCAUCAGCAAAUCGCUAGGAAAGAGAGAAGAGAAGUCAUGAAUGUUUGGCUGCUCGUGUUAGGCUUUGCCUUGGCAAAUGCCGCAACCACCAUCGUUAAGAACAACGAUCUUUAUGACAGCAUUACCAUCAACCGUAACUCUCCGGAGAAGUACCCCACUGAGUUCGAGCUUGGCAAGACCUACAGGUACAACUUCACCGGUGAUGUCAGGACAAGCUUCCCUCAGACCGGCAAUGAAACGAUUGGACAGAGAAUCAACUGCACAGUCGAGAUCGUCCCACUCACAACUGGCUUGUGGAACAUGAGGAUGGUGAACACGACAGUCUUUGAGAUCAAUGGAACCCAUGAUAGACUUGAGACGAUGCGUAACUCCACCAACGCUACAAUGGAGCUCCGUAAACUGGCCAAGCACAACGUCACCUUCCAAGUGUCACAGGGAAAGAUUGAGACCAUCUUCACCAACAAGACAGAGCCAGAAUGGAUCACCAACAUCAAGAAGGGAAUCCUCAACAUGAUCAGCCUCCAGCUGAAGAAGGACAAGGUUUAUGAGACAGACGAGGAGGGAGUGUCUGGUACCUGCAAGACCCUGUACACUGUCAAGGAGACUACCAAUGAAGACCUAGUCACCAUCCUCAACGUGACCAAGGUCCGAGACCUGACCAACUGCACCAAGUCUGUUGUCAACAAGGAAAAGAACUUCAAGGCUAAAACCUGUGACGAUUGUGAGAAGACCGAGGACUCCAUGGAUGCCACUGCCACCUUCCAGUACAACAUCACUGGUACCAAGCAGAGAUUCAUCAUCAACCAAGUCAGGUCCGAUGCUCGCUAUGUUUUCUUCCCUCUUGGAGUUAAGGGAGGUUCCAUUUCCGUCCGUGUCAACCAAACUCUGAGGCUGUUCAGCGUGACCGAGGAUCCCCUCUUCGACAUCUCCAAGGAACAGGAGUCUCGUGGCAAUCUCAUGUACAAGGUCCCUGAGGUGGUUAAGGUUGAGGAAGAGAUGCUCAACACAGUCAACAAGGUUCACUUCAUGCUGAAGAAACUGGAGUCACAGUCCCUUGUCAACUUCACCGUUGAUGCACCAAGUCACUUCAUCCUCCUUGUCCGUAGUCUUACUGAGGCAAACUUCAACACCCUCCAAGACAUCUGGAAUCUUGUCCGUGACAAGCCCCUCCAGAGGAAGUGGCUGAUUGAGGCCCUCCCGUACGUCAACCAGGAAGAGAUGGUCCUUCUCAUCAAGGAGCUGAUCACAACCGAAGAGACCCUUCUGACCACUGAGGAGAAAAUGACCCUCAUGAUGAAGAUUGGAACCAUCAGGAAGCCAACCGUUAAAUCUGUUGAAUACCUCAAGGACAUUUGCGAGCACAGAUUCCUCCAAUGGCCCCACAACAAGAAGGUCAACACCGAGUACGUGUACAACAUUACCAGUGUCCGUUAUUCCUGCUGGCGCUCUCUUGGUGUCCAGAUCAACAUGCUGAAGAAGGAACACAAGUACGUCUCCCCAUCAUUGGUCCAAUCUGUUACCAACUGUGAGAAGACCUUUGACAAGAUCACCAAGCUGACUGUUUGGGACGAGACCGUCUACAAGACCAAGACCGCUGCCCAGCAAUCCACCAAGGUGCUCGGUGACUCCAUGACCCUUGAGGAAGCCAAGUCUCUCCUGGAAACCGUCAAGACCACCAAGGUCCGCGAGAUGUGCUUGGUUGCCAUGGGACAAACCGGCCUCCCAGACUUCAUCCCAGUCAUCCAACCAAUCAUUGAGCAGAAGUUCACCCAACAGACCCUUGAUGUCAGAAUCGCUGCUGUGCAUGCUCUCAGGAGACUGAAGGACUUGCCCAACAAGGUUCUCUCCAUCCUGCUGCCCGUCCUUCGCAAUCCCUAUGAGGACUCUGAACUCCGUGUCAACUGCUACCUCGUGAUCGCCAAGACCAACCAACGCCCAAGUGUCUUCACCCUGAUUGGCCAGGAGUUGAACAGAGAGAAGUCCAUGCAGGUCAGAUCCUUCAUCUACACCCACCUCAAGUUCCUUGCUCAGGAUGUUCAGCCCUGCAACAGGAAAGCUACUUUGGCUGCUCGUUAUGCUCUUCGUUUCACCAAGCCAGUCGAUAUGGGACCUACCUACUCCAAGGUCCGCGCUGUUCGCACUUUCGACCAGGAAACUAAGAUGGGAACCAAGAUGGAGGUCCAGACUAUCUUCUCAGAGGGAGAGCUUACCCCAAAACGCACCAAUCUUGUCGGAGAAGUUGAACUGUUCGGAAAGAAGACCAAGAUUGUUGAGGUUGAGGUCAAGACCAGUGGCAUGACCAACUUGUUGGAGAAGAUGCUCGGGCAUGACGGAUUCUUCUACAAGCGCAAGAGUGUCUUUGAUCUGCUCAAGGAGAACACACGCAAGAGGCGCUCAGUUUCCACCAAUGAGGAGGAGCUUCUCAAGAUCAACAAGAAGGUGAGCCCAUAUGAGGUCAAACCUGAGGAACCCCGUAUGCAAUUCAUUGUCUCCAUGUUCGGCAACCGCAUCAACCAUUUGGACAUCAACAAGGAUUACCUCACCACCCUGAUCAAGGAAGGAAAGUUCAAGACUGACUUCAGCAACCUUGACGAGGAGCUCGCCAAGAAACAGGUCUUCAACACCACCAAGGGAAUGAUGCUGAUGGACCAGAGAUACGAGUACCCAACCAUCAUGGGUCUGCCUCUCUCCUUCAACACCACCGUUGCCAGCAUCAUGAGAGUAACCAUGAACACCACCGUCACUGCUCUUCCAUCCCUCAUCUCUAAGCAAGAGAGCUUGUCUGCCAGCUUCAACAUCACUCCUGAGGUUAUGGUGAACGCCAUCUUGAAGAUGGGAGUCCACACCCCCUUGAUUAAGUUCGGAUCUGCCGUCAACUCCACCUUCAACUUCACCCUGCCAGUAAAGACCAACAUCACCAUCGACUUCCUCAAGAAGAAGUAUGAGCUCCUCAUGCCACAGAUUGAGCAGAACCUGACCUUCAUGAACUUCACUCACAAGAUGUACAACUUCUGGCAGGGCAACCAGACGACCGAGAACCACACCGUUGUGAACACCACUCUUACCAACAGAAAGCCAGUCAAGAAUGUGAUGUGCAUGGAGCCCUUCCAGGACCAACUCGUCUGCAUGAACAUGACCUAUGUACCACGCCUUGGUCAUCCCACAUCCCCCUUCCAUCCACUUACCGGACCCAGCCAUCUUUCUAUCUUCAGUCUCAGGAAACCCAUGGCACCCAAGACCAUCAAGCUUCAAUACAAUGUCAAGAAUGUUGAUAACUGGGAGAGAGAGAAGAACAUCGACAUCAUCAUGACUUUGACUGGCAAGAACUGGGAGCAGAUGGAAUACACCAACACCACCACCCUUAACUUCCUUCUGAACCAUGCCAAUAAGAGAAUUGAAAUCACUGUUAGAGACACCAACCGCCCAAGAUGGAGAGCUGGUGUCGUCGCUGUCAACAAAAUGGGAGAGGAGGUUGACAUGGAAGCCAAGUGGGGUCUGCCAAGAACCUACACCCAGAAGAUCAACAACACUGACAAGGACUUCAACCGCGAGUACUUCCUGAAGGUCAACAGCCAGAGCUGGACUUGGAACAACACCCGUAACAUCACCAUGUUCUGGGCUGACACACCACAAUGGCUCAAGAAUGUUACCUACAUCACUAAGACCCACGUUCUGCCAAGGAUCUUGGAUAUGAUGACCACCACCACCGAAGUUGACAUCCGCCGUGAGCCAGUCUUCAACCCCAUCAUCAACUCCACCACUCUCUCACUCAGGGUUAAGGACAACCGUACCAUGGAUGUAGAAUUGCACAUGCCUAUUGAGAAGGUGACAAUCUUCAAUGUUACCGUCCCCGUCAACUCCUCUGUACUGAAGGAGACCCUCCCCAAGGCUGUCUCCAUCAUCCAGAGACGUGUGGUUGAGAAAUACCUGUCUGGCAACUGCACCUACAACACUACCGGCAACUUCAAGACCUACGACAACUUCACCUACAACUACAACUUGACCGGAAGCUGCGCCCAUGUCUUGACCAAGGACUGCUCUCCCAACAAGCGUUUCACCGUCUUGGUCCAGAACACACCAACACCCAACAACCUUGUACACACUGUACCCAUCGUCACUGUCUUCAUCGAGAACAACAAGAUUGAGCUGCUCACAAGAUCCCAUCAAAAUCACGAGGUUGUCAUGAAGUUCAACGGUGUUGAGGAGAUGAGAACUCACGACUCCCCAGCCAUGGACUAUGAGUUUGGUAAGAUUGAGCGCAACCAGACCCACUUCACCAUCAAGGCAACUCUUGGUCUGACUGUUGUGUACUGCAAGGAUAAUGUCACUAGCUCUGUCUCACCGUGGUACGUCAACAAGACUUGCGGACUUUGCGGUGACUUCAACGGAGAGACCUUCCAUGAGAUGAAGAACACCAUCAGGGAGGAGCAGACCAACAGCACUAAGUUUGCUGCCAGCUGGCUGGUACAUGGAGAUAGCUGUGAAGACCCCACAUGCAAGCUGACCAAGGAGCAAUUGCACCCACUUCCUGAGGUUGUCUACCUUGCCAACAAGCCCGCUGCUUGCUUCAGCAAAGAGCCCAUCAUGAUGUGCCCAAUGGGAUGCUACAACGAUAGUCCAGAGAACAUCUUCACUGGAACUUUUAUCCCAACCAAGCAGUUCAUCAAGGUCGGCUACUUCUGCAUGGCAUCUGAGGAUGUUAAGGUGACCAAGUCUCAGAUGCAAGCCCGCAGCGAGCUCAUCAAGGAACAGCCAGUUGACUUGUGGCGUGACGUUGAGGUCCCACAUGGAUGCAUCUGCAGCAAUAAUGCUUGCAACAAACAGUAGACACCCUAAGAAAGAUGUACUGAACUUUUUGUAUGUAAAGACCCCCGACUAAAGAUUAACUGGACAUGUAACUAAAUGAAUUAUAUCGAAACAUUGAAUGCUUCACUUUUAUUGACUUGCCUGAGUGGAAAAUCCUCAUGAUGAAAUUUAAUUUCUUGGAUUUGGGAUUGGUGAAGGCUACAUGUUAAAGGCCAAUAAUUUUUUGGAAAGAUCUUGAAUUGUGCUUUUUUUUCUUCAGUAUUAACCGUAAUGUUGUGUUACUUUCUGGUCAUUUUGUUAUCGAUUAGUCUCUAUCUUUAUAUUUUGGAAUAAGAGUUUUUUCUUUUUCUGUAGUGGUAGAAGUUUAUCCUUGUAGUCGAUGCUCGUAGAACUUUCCCUCCUAAAUUUGUUUCUGAAUUUUCUUUCUCUGCUAACUCCCUAUUUUGUUUUAAACAUUUUGUUUCUUUCACUGUUCAACUCCCCAGUUCUUCUUUUUGUCUCUUUUAAAAGUUUAUGUAAUCAUAGUCCUUUAUAGAAGUAAAAAAAAUGCAAAAAAAUGUAGUGCUCCUUCGUAGUGCACCUUUUCUGGUACAACGUCCCUACCUUAUAGAUCUUUAUUAGUGUGAUUUCGACUAGACACAAUACUGUUUUUUGUUUUUCAGCUUAGAUCACUGUAAAAAUGGAUGCACUGUUUUUAUAUUGGCCGUUUGUAUGUUUUAUUAUGUUUGAGUGGUUGAGGUUUGAGAGAAGGAAUGUAAUAUUUAAUUAAUAGAAAAAUAAAAUAAGGCAGGAAAAAGUAAA